UUUCCCAGAUGUUGUUGGCUUACCUCUCCCGGCUCUCGGCAAUUGCUGACAACAAGAUCAACUGUGGGCCCGCCCUCACAUGGAUGGAGGUUGACAAUAAGGGAAAUCACCUGCUGGUUCAUGAAGAGUCGUCCAUCAACGUGCCGGCUAUUGCUGCUGCGCACGUCAUCAAGCGCUACAUCGCCCAGGCCUCAGACGAGCUGUCCUUCGAGGUUGGGGACAUUGUGUCAGUGAUUGACAUGCCCCCUAAAGAAGACACCACAUGGUGGAGGGGCAAGCACGGCUUUCAGGUUGGCUUCUUUCCCAGCGAGUGUGUGGAGCUCAUAAAUGAUAAAGUGCCGCAGUCCAUGACCAACACUGUGCCAAAACCAGCCUCCCCCUGCUCUGGCCUGCAGCCUGCUUCUUGGAGUCUCUUCCCUCCCUACUUGGAGAUGGAGAGUGUAAUUCAGGACAAUGCAUGGGUGGCCGACCCGCUAAACCACUACAGCCUAAGUUCAGUGUCUAAGAAGCACGGAAAGCUGAUCACCUUCUUACGCACCUUCAUGAAGUCCAGGCCCACCAAGCAGAAACUGAAGCAGAGAGGCAUCCUCCGGGAGAGGGUGUUCGGCUGCGACCUGGGCGAACACCUCCUCAACUCAGGACAUGAUGUGCCCCAGGUCCUCAAGAGCUGCACCGAGUUCCUGGAGAAGCACGGUGUGGUGGAUGGCAUCUACCGCCUUUCUGGAAUUGCCUCAAAUAUCCAGAAAUUACGGCAUGAGUUUGACUCUGAGCAGAUCCCCGACCUGACCAAAGAUGUGUACAUCCAGGACAUCCACUGUGUGGGCUCGCUGUGUAAGCUCUACUUCAGAGAGCUGCCCAACCCCCUGCUCACCUACCAGCUCUACGAGAAAUUCUCUGAUGCUGUAUCAGCAGCAACAGACGAGGAACGACUCAUCAAAAUCCAUGAUGUCAUACAGCAGCUUCCUCCACCGCAUUACAGGACCCUGGAGUUCCUGAUGAGACACCUGUCCCACCUGGCAGCCUACAGCUACAUCACCAACAUGCACAGCAAGAACCUGGCUAUCGUCUGGGCCCCCAACCUUCUGAGGUCAAAGCAGAUUGAAUCUGCGUGCUUCAGCGGCACAGCAGCCUUCAUGGAGGUCCGGAUCCAGUCAGUGGUGGUGGAGUUCAUCCUGAACCACGUGGAUGUUCUAUUCAGCUCCAAACUCAGCUCUCUGAUACGAGAGGGAGCAGGUCACAACUCGUUGUCGCGGCCUAAGUCCCUGCUGGUUUCGUCUCCCUCUACCAAACUCCUGACUCUGGAGGAGGCCCAGGCCAGGACCCAGGCUCAGAUCAACUCUCCGGUCACUGAGGACAGCAAGUACAUCGAGGUGGGCGAGGGUCCGGCUGCUCUGCAGGGGAAGUUCCACACUGUCAUUGAAUUCCCCACUGAGAGGAAGAGGCCUCCUAUUAAAUCAAAGAAGUCUCCUGUAGGUAGUUGGCGCUCUUUCUUCAACCUGGGCAAGUCUUCCUCCAUGUCCAAGCGCAAGCUGCACCGCAACCCCAGUGAGCCCAACGAACUGAAGGCCAUGGCACUGGCCGGAGGCAGAGGAGACUCAGCAACAUUAAGAUCAGCCAAGAGUGAAGAGUCACUGAGUUCCCUGCACAAUGUUGAAGGAGAGUCGAAGGUGUACCGUCCUCGCAGGCCGCGCUCCAGCAGUGACGCUCUGUCAGCCUCCUUUAACGGUGAGCUGCUGGACAGCCGGCAGCACUGCAACUCCUACGACAACCUGGACGCCACAGAUGACAGCGACGGAGACGACGGGCCCAUCUGUGUGCCUGCCCUCAUCUCUCCCCCCCGCUCAGCAGGUGAGGACGUGGACCUCAGCCCUCCAGACAUCGGCAUGGCCUCCUUGGACUUUGACCCCAUGUCUUUCCAGUGCAGUCUCCCCGACACCUCUUACGCCUUCCCUUUAGAUGACUCACCCAAGGGGGCUGAGGGUUCCACGUUAAGGAGGAACCAUGUAAGCGCCUGUGGAAAAACCAAUGGCUCUGACCUCAUCGCUGCCACAUUACUGAGCAGCCUGAUGUCCACAGACUUCAGCCUGGCCGCUGGACACAAGGUGGAAAGCAACAAACUGACCACUUCCUAUUCUUAUACUGACAAACCCACACAGGCCGUGUCACCUAUUAAAUGUGGAAAGACCACUAGUUUAACGCCUUUUCCCACUUAUGAGCUUUUCUCUACUGAGGUGCCUGACAGGAAUACGGCUGUACAACCUUCAUCCCCUUAUUCAGCAGCGGAAGAAUCUCCUCCCCUGAUGGGCAGUGUCCUGCUGAGGGCAGCAGAGCUGUCUCUCAGUGAAGCUUUUCAAAAGGAGCUGCACUCUAAGCUGGAAGCUUUUGACAGUGUGGACAAUGGAGAGCUGAAGGGAGAGGACAGCCUGCCGCGGGCGCCAGCUGCCAGCAGCCACGAGCACCAAGGAGUCGUAGCUCAGGACUCUGCGAAGGACCUCACCCCUCGUUCCUUCAGCUCUGCAGCUCCCUCUACUGCCCCUCCUCCUCCUCCCCCUCCUAAAAACGCUGCCCGCAUGUUGGCCCUGGCCUUGGCAGAGUCUGCCCAGCAGGUCUCCAUUCAGUCUCAGUCCCGACACUCUGAGCCUUCCACACCGGUGUCCCCCCCGCAGCCACAGGAGACCUCUAACCUCCAGGACACGCCGCAUCCACUGGUCACACAUUACCUGACUUCGUCCUCCGAGGGAGUAGGGAGAGGAAGUUCCCUGCCACUAAACAGAACUGCCCCCCGUGUCACCACGGCCUCAUCGUAUGCCCCCACCUCCAGUCCUACAACCACACAGCAGCCUCUAGAGUUAGACAGCAUCACUACCAAGCCUUCAGACAGCACCAAAUCCCUUACAGCUCCACCUGCAACACAGCCUGGAACAGACACAACGCCACCGGACACUCCUUUAUACAAGUGCGCCCCCCUCCCCAGUUCAUCCAGCACUCCUCCAAGCAUGAAAAGUCCAGAAAGGCAGCAGCCUGUCCCAGCACAGGUCCCAGUACAGAAUGCAGUACAGGUCCCAGUACAAAUCCCAGCACAGGUUCCAAUACAGGUACAGAAUACAGUACAGGUCACAGCUCAGAUCCCAGUACAGGUCCCAGUACAGAUACCAGUACAGGUCCCAGUACAGAUCCCAGUACAGGUCCCAGUGCAGAUCCCAGUACAGGUCCCAGUACAGGUCCCAGUGCAGAUCCCAGUACAGGUCCCAGUGCAGGUCCCAGUGCAGGUCCCAGUACAGAUCCCAGUCCGUAGCAACUCACCUACUACCACUCCAGCCCCCUCCCCCAGUGACUGCUACAAAGUUACUGGAGUCUUACCACAUCCUGUUCCUAAGGUCAAACCAGAGGAGACUGCAUCACCCCCAAGCCUUUCAAAACCAUCAGAGCAGCCCCCUCCUAUAGCUCAAAAGCCUAAGAGAAAGGCUAUCUCCAUCCCCCCGCAUCAAACACAACCUCAGCAGCAGAGCCAAGCUCAGAUACAGCCUCAUCUUCCAAUUCAGCCACACAUGCAAUCACAGGUCCAAACCCAACCACAGCCCCCCUCGAAGGCCAGCGCACGAGUGGCCCCCACCUCUGUGGAGCCUAUUGAGAAGCCUUGGGAGGCCAUAAAGCCAGUGCAACCCCGUACAGAGUCUGCUAAGUACAACGACGUGUACGGAGCCACACCUCCAGCCCCUCCAGUCCGCACCAUCGAGAGCAAACUGGCCACAGCAGCACUUAGCCAAAGUGAAGCCUCCUACCAUUGCCUGGGGGAGGGCCCUGUGCCGGGGCAUCUGGAAGAAGGUCUGCCUCACCACCCUCCCUCUCCUCGGAAAUCUUCCACGCAUCAGCCGACCUAUCUGUACCACGCUAAAGGAGAACCUGUCUUAAUUGAGCCCACAGCAGCUGCAUACUACCACCAGAGGCCUCUUCCCAAGGGCCCACAGUCCAAACAACGCCACAUGCGGCCAGACAGCGUCUCCCCGCACCUCUCCUAUGUGUCCAAGUCGGAGCCUCAGAUACCUUACAACGCCCGACUAGACAACAGAUACAGCACUUUAGGCCCCAGGUCCUACCACCACUCCAUGAAGUCCAGAGGAAACCCCCGCAGUGUGUACAUGUCCCCGGGGCCGGGGCAUCAGGGUUACAGCCACGACAGACCCCAAGGCUAUCCCACCAUCCGCAGAGUGCACUCCCUCCACGUUCCCUCCACUAUUCGCACCGUGCCUAUCCACAGGACUGAAGUUCCUCCAGAUGAUGAUAUUUUCUUCUACCAUCGACCCAUGUAUCCGUGCAAAGCCUACCAGCAGCCCCCGCAGCAGCCCUCCCAUCAGCAGCCCUCCCAUCAGCAGCCCUCCCAUCAGCAGCCCCCCCAUCAGCAGCCCUCCCAUCAGCAGCCCUCCCAUCAGCAGCCCCUGCAACAGCCCCCCCAGCAGUCCUCCUCUCAAUCAGACUACCACGUAACCCAGCUGCAGCCUUACUUUGAGAAUGGCCGGGUUCAGUACCGCUACAGUCCGUACUCUGGUUCAAGCCCUUUGGAGGCGCCUUUCUAUGACAUCGAUCCUUACGGCACCAUCAGAGUCCGGCACUUGCCCUCCAAUGGGGGCCGAGAUCCUGGAGCCGCUGCUGGCCGACCGGGUGGAAAGGCGACUGGGUACCACUUCCUCGCUCGCCAUGUUCUCCCACCUGGGAUGGAGCACAGCUUUGUGAGCAGGGACAUGCCCCCCAGUCAUGGGAACAAGGAAGGUGCCACUUACCUGGCCUGGGACCCGGAGGAGUCAGAGAGGCUCCGCAUGCACUCAAUCCGCAGGGAGAGCAGGGCCAGACAGAAGAUCAGAGGCCCUGUCCUCUCUCAGUACGACAAUGUUGGCUUAUUUGCACCGGCAGAUAUAUCAGGCUAUGAAACGCUGCACCUGCGCAGUAAAUCUGACCCCGGCAAAGCUGUGCUGGUUGCAGCUGAGAGCAAAGAUGGCCGCUACCUCCCGAGACACUUGGUGUCUGACCCGGAAGUCCUCAUGUACAUGGAGACUGAUAAACACUUCCAGGGCAGCGCUGUGGGAGAGAAGUCAGAUGGACUCCCCAAGCAAAGCGGUACCAAGAAAUGCCAAUCAUCUCACUCCCUUCCGGCGACUCUGAGCCACAGCCUGUCCUCUCAGGAAGGCGGCCGGCACGAGGCCGGAGACGAGCCGCUAGGUGGAGACAGCGGCAGACCCAAACUCCGGCAGCAGGAGUAUCAAAGCCAGAGGAACAUCCAACCACGUUACGAAUGUCCUGAUUCUGAACACAACCAGAGAAAGGUGAAAACAUCCAGCAGCUACCACGGUACAGAGGAGCAGCCGUCGGCCCCCUGGGAACAACUGAGCCACUCCAACCUGGAGCGGUCACACAGCAUCCGGGAGCAGGGCCACCCUGACCUGGACAGGGACUACUCUUGUCAGAAUCACGGCACUAAACAGGUGCACUCCCACUAUGAUAAUUUGGACGAUUACCACCCGGUACCUCAGCCUCAGGUCCCGGUUCAAACCCGCGGGGGCUCCUUUCCCACCCCAGGGUUCACAGUGAGCCACGGCAACACAGCAUACUCCACAGCACUGGGCCAGGGAGCCUUCAUCCAGGCCGAGCUGGCCCUGCAGAGGCAAGAGAUAGAGAUACUUACAGAAUAAAGCAUUUAAGGGGGGGGACACAGCUAAAGAAAAAUUAUCUUUAGCUGUGUAGAAGAAAGACUAUUGAGCUAUGGUUGCAGCCUCUGCAGGACAGCGGCCUGUCGUAUCACCAAUAUUUUUGCUCCUCUGUAUUUUUAAAGACUUUUUAAAGAGAGUCCUGAAUGUACCGGAAGCUAAUGUACAAGAGGUCCUAUUGUUGUGAUUGAUUGAGACAGUAGCCAGUCAUAAAUGUAUAUGAUAUGAAUGAUGUGAGGUACUUUGAACAGCAACACAAAAAUGUGAAAUAUAUACACAAUAUAUAUAUAUAUCUAUAUAUAUAUGUAUAUAUAUAUUAGGAUAACUAGAAAAAAGAGACUUUUUUUUUUUUUUAGGUGUGGCGCUGGGUAUGAGCACAGAGCGGGGAUUAAGGGUAUGCAUUUCAGAAAUGCAUGCACUCUAUCUCUCUAAAUUCUGUGUACUUCACUAUCCCCUGCAUUCUUUGUGUGUUACAGCAGGAGGGGGACAUGUAGGUUAUCGUCGCCCCCCCCCCCCCCNNNNCCCCCACCUGCUGACAUGCACACAAGUCAUUGAACGAGUCCCUGUUUGUCUCGGAGAAUCAGACGUUAAAAAAUGUGAUGUGAAGGAGCCACAAUGGGUUACUUUGAGUUAAUACAGAGGUUAUCAAUGUCUUAUUUUCUGUGUGACUGUGACAUUUUUUAUGUAACUUUGCUAUAAACAGAUUUCAAUGACUUCUAAGGAAUGUUUUGGUACUUGUUUGUUCUUCAUCGAAUGUGGGAC